AAAAAGGCAGUCACACACGAAUAAAUAGAAAACACCAAACUUUUUUUCUGCCAUCCGCGAGGAAGAGGCAUAAUACUUGCUGACGAUGCAGAUCUUUGUUAAGACCCUCACGGGCAAGACCAUCACCCUUGAGGUCGAGUCCUCUGACACCAUUGACAAUGUCAAGAGCAAAAUCCAGGACAAGGAGGGUAUUCCCCCUGAUCAACAACGUUUGAUCUUUGCUGGAAAGCAAUUGGAGGACGGUCGUACUCUCGCUGACUACAACAUUCAAAAGGAGUCCACCCUUCACUUGGUCCUUCGUCUCCGUGGUGGUGCCAAGAAGCGUAAAAAGAAGACUUACACCACCCCCAAGAAGAUCAAGCACAAGCACAAGAAGGUUGAGCUUGCUGUCUUGAAGUACUACAAGGUUGAGGAUGAUGGCAGCAUCAAGCGUCUCCGUCGUGAGUGCCCCAACUGUGGUGCCUCCGUUUUCAUGGCCGUUCACAAGGACCGUCUUUACUGCGGUAAGUGCCACUUGACCUUGAAGUUGGAGGCCUAAAUGGGACGUGACGUAGUCGUUCAUACAUAGUGUGUCAUAGGAAUGCAAUCCUUGCCCCAA